AUGAUGGACGUACAAAAGAAGCUGCCUCCAUGGCUACCACUCUCUUUUGUAUUGGCCCAGCAUCUACUAGAACAUCAUGUACACCAGCAAUAUCUCACGCCAAGUGAACAAUUAUACUUUCAAGAUACGCUUGUGAAUUUCGCUACAUGGAUUGCCUUUAUCAACCAAAUCGAUAAGCAGGAGGAUGUGGAUACAACAGCCUUCCGUGUCCGCUCAAUGCUUUAUGAGCAACUGAUACCCCACAUAUUCAAAACGCAUAAAUUCUGCUGCAAAUUGGUCUCAUUAGACUCUUUGUUGGAGCAAACUCAUCGACUUUGCAUACCUUCCGCGUCGGAAGUGUCACAGGCAUGGCACACUUUCUCUGAAGCACAUGUAUCAAAGAAGGACGAAUUAAUGACAGAACAAGAUGAAACAACAGAAGUAACAGCAGCAGCAGCAGCAGAGAAACCAAACCAUGAUACAGAGGCAUUGGACAAAGCAGCAAAUAACAACAAUGAAAUCAAUGCAAACACCACUACCACUAAUAACACUACAACCACUACCAUAAAUACUACCGCUACAACGAAUGAUGCUUCCAAACUGGAGGAAAUCAUCACAGCACCCGACAAUGUGCCACUGCGAGACAUUUUUCACUCGCUUGAAUUGGACAGAGCUGCUAUGAUAGAGCAACGCAAACUAGAGGAAUUCGAAGCCCAAGAAGAGCUCAACGAAGCAGAAGAAGCCAAAGAGAACGCAGCAGCCAAAUCGUUAUCCAUGUUCAAUGCGGAUGGCAACUUCAAUUUAAAAUACUUACUGCAAGGCAUUGUUGCAAACCGGCAAAAGACACAGUUAUCUGAUCGAGAACUACAAAACCUGCUCUCUGAUUUCAAAGGCCAUCGCUCCAAAUGGGCCAACGACGAUCGAGUGGGUCAAGAGGAACUCUACGAAGCAUGCGAAAAAGUGCUUGUUGACCUCAAAAACUAUACGGAACACUCAACGCCCUUUCUCAACAAAGUCAGCAAACGCGAAGCACCUGAUUACUUUGAUGUUAUCAAGAAGCCCAUGGAUUUAGGCACUGUCACCAAAAAGAUGAAGAAUUUGAGUUAUCGAUCCAAAAAGGAGUUUGCUGAUGAUUUGUAUCUGAUUUACGACAAUUGUUUAGCGUACAACACCAAUUCUGCCAGCGAGUAUAGAAAACAUGCCAUUGCCAUGCGAAGAAAGACAGAGCGAUUGAUGGCUCGUGUGCCCAACAUUAGCAUCAAAGAGAUCAAGCCCGAGGUAGAGGACGAGGGAGACGAGAUAAGCGAGGAGGAGGAGCAUGAACCACAACACCGCGUGUCGAGAAAAUCUGCGGGGAAGCACGUUUCAAUUGAACGCAAGAGCACACCGAUACAGCAGAUGGACAGGCAAUCUCGAGAAAGAUCACUGACACGAGGAUCCAGUGCUGCCCCCCUCUCUGCACUAGAGAUCAGCGACAUGGAAAACGCCUUCACACCAGAAAUGUCAGGUACACCUCAGUACGGCGGUAAGCAUGUCAAGGCAAAUCAAACGGGUGAAGGCGACGACGAGAACAUUGAUCUGGAGCAAGAAGAAAAAAAGUUGAAUGCCGAGAUUGACGCUGAUUUAGGAGAGUAUCAAGAUCAAGUGUGGCGAGACAAGACCAAGAAGACUAGAGCCAAACUGACGACAGACGUUGAAAAACAGUAUCAGUUCUCAUUUUCUGAAAGGGAAGCACUGAUGCGAUCUGGGCUGGACAUGGAACGCUUUGCCAUGAUGGAGCACUUGCACGACAAGCCAGAAGCAGUGGUCAAGUUGGUGCGCUGUGAAUUUGAGCGCUUUCUAAAGUGGACAGAUCGACGAUCCACGACAGCCACCCUGUAUGAUGAUUUCGACCUGGAUUCUAGUGAUGAUGAGAAUUUAGAUGCCUUCUUUUCCAGAAAGAUCACCAAGCCAGACAAAACAGUGGACGAUUCUACAAGGAAUGAUUUGUUUUUACCGGAUUAUGAGAUUGCCAGCGGUAUCCCAGAGAUUGACGGCGUGCCUGAAGAUGUAAUUGAACCUACAGUGUCGUCUAAUGGCAAGGCAAUUGUGAGAAAGUCUUCUGUUGAUCUCAGUCCCGAGGCGCUAUUGGCUGCUCAAGGUUAUUCUGAUGUCUCGCUGGAUGUCUAUCCUCAACUUCAAUUUCCAACAUAUGGACUGACGCCUCUGAUUGACAAGAGCAACAAGGCGUUGGAGCAAGUGCGUCUCAUGUAUGCCAAAUGCAAUGCGAUACGCAACAAUGUGCCGAUUUCUACAUUAGCGUCUUCCAUUGAGGAAGUAGAUGAAGCCAUUUCAGAUUCCCAAAAGCAGCUGGUGCCUAUGCCCUCCUCUUCUGCCAAGAUACCGCCAUUAGCUCUCAACCCAGAAUCAGGUCAUCAAAUGGUGCAAAAAGUGCUGUCCAAGCUACUCGCUCAUGCUGGUUUUGAGGGAGCCAAGAUGGGCGCUUUGAAUGUGCUGACUGAUGUGAUGACAGAUUACUUGACAAACAUUGGUAAAACACUGCGAUCUUACUGGGAUGACUAUGGACACGAUAUGGAUGGCGACGAAAUGCUGUGCCAUACACUUUAUGAGAAUGGCAUUUUGGAUAUAUCAGAUCUUGAAGGCUAUGUGCAUGACGAUAUUGAGAAGAAUAUACAAAGAUUAGAUGAUGUCAAACGUAGAUUGCAGGCCUCGUAUCAAGACAUGAUUGCUGGUCCUUCUGACAAACCAGUACAAGAUGACGAGGCAUUGCUGAAUGAAGAUGACACAUUCAUUACUGGUGUUUUUGGCGAGGAUCUUGGAGAAGACUACUUUGGUUUUAAGAACAUUGGAUUAGACAGAGAAUACAACCUAGACGCACUCAAUAUACCCACUCGACUUUGGUUUGGUAAAAAGGACAAAUCACCCACCACGCAUGAUGCCAACAAAGAACCACAAUACAAGUAUCCACCGCCACCCAGCUUCUUGCCACUGACAUCUGAAAAGAACGUUAUUGGUCUAUUGCAGCCCUAUUUCGCAAAGAAGUUAUCAGAUCCUUCUGGCAAGCCACUGAUAGAAGAUGAGUACAUUCCUAAAAGCAAGAAUCGACCACGAUACCCGCCUACCAACAAGACGGCAGCAGGCAGAAAGAAACUAGCUAAAGAGGCAUCUUCAUCGCAAGCAGAUCACAGAAAGAACAAGCGCAAACGUCCUACCGAAGAAAUUGUAGCUGAGAAGGCGGAAAAGGCGGAAAAGAAGCGACAAAAGAUGGAGGAAAAGGCGCAGCGUAUAGCAGAAAAAGAGCAAAAGCGCAAGCUGAGGGAAGAGCUACGAGAACAGGAGAAGCAGGCAAAGAUAGAGGCAAAAGAAAAGAAGAAACUGAUGAACAAAAAGACCAAGCAAACCAAAGCUGCGUCUUCAUCCAUUACGGCUGAUUCACCAGCAGAAAAUGAAGAUGACGAAUAA